AGCCCUGGCUCACACGGUGUGAGAACGACCUGCAGCUGUUUGCCAGCUUCCAGUUUUUCAGGGCAGCCUAGGUAUUUUAGGGAGGCGUGCGGGAGAGGACAGAAGGCUGGAAGAACCAUGGAACAAAAGCUGUUCCGGCCUUCCCGGAUGAUCUACCCUGGAAGCAGGUUUGGGCCAAAGACCCGCUACGACCUGCCACAACGGCACAAGGCCUAUGGGAAUGCGAGUGAGUUGGAGGCCAUUAUAUUCAACGGCACUUCACUUCAGCCAGAGGCUUGGAGUGGAGGCGCCACAGGCUCCAAGAAUCAAGCAAGCGCAAGCCGUGCAUUAGGAGCUGCGUCAGCACAGGGGCAGCUCACAGCGCCGAGUGAAGAGGGUUUGGUGCUUGCCGAUGCAGGACGCUCAUUGUUAGCAGAUCGGCACCUGCCAGAGUUGCCUCUGAUCAAUGACCGAAAUGACCUUCAUGGAAUAGCUCUGCUAGGUGGAAAAUCAUCGGGAAAGACCUCGCUGAUUUGCUCACUGCUUGCAGUCCAUCAUGGGAAGUACCCUCACUCCAACGACUACAAGGAGAAGUUGCGAGAAAUGUCAGCCUAUGGUAAUUCUUGGGACUUUCCAGAACGUGAGAUUUGCUAUGUGUCAGGCGAGAUCAGGCAAAUGAGGGUGGUGUUGACAGACACUCCGCCGUGCGGUAUGAAUCCGCGAGAGGAGCAACCUAUUUGUGCUAACAUCAGCCCGAAUAGCCACCUGCACUAUAGUGCAGUGCCCUCCUGGAUGAGAAUCAUUCUUCGGAGUGGCAACCUUCCACACUAUGCUGUCCUUUUUAUCAUUGAUGCAACUGCACCCGCACUUUGGGAGGAGCAGCAGCGGUGCAGAGACCUAGCACGCCUGCUUGCUGUGUUGAGGCGCAGCCAGUAUACAGUGAUCAUGGGGGUCACAAAAUUGCUCAAGUUGCGAGAAAAUCGAAUGAAAGAAGCUGCCUAUGGACAAGCGCACCAUGGGGAGGUCGGAAGAGACCCUAGAAGCAGCUAUGAGUCCUUCGUGGGAAGGUAUAUUGACCAGGUUUGUGCCUGCCUUCAGGCCAAAGCGGGAGAGAACGAUUGGUCCUUCUCUGACAGUGAAGGGUCAGUGGCAUUUCCGCUGCCCAAUGUCAGCAUCUUUGAUGUACCUACAUGGACCAGUGUCACCGACUUCCAGGCGUGGCAGGGUAGGAAGGGCACCCCAGAGCUCCCGAACUUCAAGUACUACUCCUCGCAGCUGAGCAGGCUGCUGCAUGCUUUGUGUAAGCGUUCAAGCUCUGACGCGGCAACUUAGUUCGUGCUGCGGCCAAGCAAAGGGGUGUGUUCCAAC